AUGGAGACAGGAGUGAAAUACCUGCCAGAGAAAGAAGUCGAACACCAGCCAGAAGGACAAAGGACGCCUGUCAGAGGAAGGGAUGGAGAUCCUUCUAGAGGAAGGAGAGUAACACCUGUCAUACAAAGACGUGGAAAGCCUGACAGAAAAAGGAGAAGAACUCCUGCCAGAGAAAAGAGUGGAAUACUUGUUAGAGAAAGGAGUGAAACAUCUGCCAUGGAAAGGAGCAAAAUACAGAGAGAGGCUGACAGAGAAAGGAGUAAAAUACAGAGAGAGGCUGUCAGAGAAAGGAGCAAAAUACAGAGAGAGGCUGUCAGAGAAAGGAGCAAAAUACAUAGAGAGGCUAACAAAGAAAGGAGCAAAAUACAUAGCGAGGCUGUCAGAGAAAGGAGCAAAAUACAGAGAGAGGCUGACAGGGAAAGGAGCAAAAUACAGAGAGAGGCUGUAAGAGAAAGGAGCAAAAUACAGAGAGAGGCUGUCACAGAAAGGAGCAAAAUACAGACAGAGGCUGUCAGAGAAAGGAGCAAAAUACAUAGAGAGGCUAACAAAGAAAGGAGCAAAAUAAAUAGCGAGGCUGUCAGAGAAAGGAGCAAAAUACAGGGAGAGGCUGACAGAGAAAGGAGCAAAAUACAUAGCGAGGCUGUCAGAGAAAGGAGCAAAAUACACAGAGAGGCUGUCAGAGAAAGGAGCAAAAUACAGGGAGAGGCUGACAGAGAAAGGAGCAAAAUACAGAGAGAUGCUGUCAGAGAAAGGAGCAAAAUACAUAGGGAGGCUGUCAGAGAAAGGAGCAAAAUACAUAGGGAGGCUGUCAGAGAAAGGAGCAAAAUACACAGAGAGGCUGUCAGCGAAAGGAGCAAAAUACAGAGAGAGGCUGACAGGGAAAGGAGCAAAAUACAGAGAGAGGCCGACAGAGAAAGGAGUAAAAUACAGAGAGAGGCUGGCAGAGAAAGGAGCAAAAUACAGACAGAGGCUGUCAGAGAAAGGAGCAAAAUACAUAGAGAGGCUAACAAAGAAAGGAGCAAAAUAAAUAGCGAGGCUGUCAGAGAAAGGAGCAAAAUACAUAGGGAGGCUGUCAGAGAAAGGAGCAAAAUACACAGAGAGGCUGUCAGCGAAAGGAGCAAAAUACAGAGAGAGGCUGUAAGAGAAAGGAGCAAAAUACAGAGAGAGGCUGUCAGAGAAAGGAGCAAAAUACAGACAGAGGCUGUCACAGAAAGGAGCAAAAUACAGACAGAGGCUGUCAGAGAAAGGAGCAAAAAACAGAGAGAGGCUGUCAAAGAAAGGAGCAAGUCGACGACAUUGUCACCCAGUGUAAAUCUCUGA